AUGACCCGGAAGACAAGUCCAGCCUGUUCACCGCCCGACCAGCUAUUUUCCUCGGCACUCCCGGUCGUGACGGGCAUCGGAGUGGAGGUUCAGCACCAGCGCCAGCACCUGCAUCAGCAGGACCAGAAACAGCGACACAACUGGGACAACUGGGCCAACUGGGCACUGUUGGGCUCGGACAUCGUUGCACUCCAUCAUUCUCUCUUCCUGGCUCCCAAGUUGAGGGCGCCAACAUCUCCGCUGGCGCGACACCCUGGUCUGUCUGGUGAUAAGGGAGCGGCGACCGCAAAGGUGACCGACCCAGGCCAAUUCACUUCUUACGACCGUUACGAACGUUACGAAUCCCCCGAUCCAGCGCAGCAGCGCCAGCAGCGCACUCUUCGUCGAUCGCAGACCCCAAUUUCUCCUGAGCAUAGCUCCAGGUCAGGCACGUCCACACCGCUGUCGCAUCGAGGCUUGCGCCGCACUCCCCGUUUUGUCGGCACACCGAGUCCACCACCGAACCAACCUGCCUCGCCUCCAAGACGAGUUCACUUGGAAGCAGUCUCGGUUGGUAUCAGCCCCGGAGGACUCUUUGCGACAGCUGACCCUAAACGUACACCUGACCCAGCCGCAAAGAAAGAGCGCCGCCAUCCCGUGAGGCAGCUCUCCCAGGAUCUGCUCAGCGACCCCCUCGAAGAGGCUUCUACAACUCUCCCCCCAUCCUUCAUCCCUCCAAGAAGUUCGUCCUCAAAUCGGACCCACCGAAAAGCCGCACACCCGGCUGUGCACAUCUCCCAGCAUACCCACAGUGCCAUUCUCUGGGCACUCGAGGAGGCAUUGAGACAACCCAACCCUUUCACCCCUGACCUGAUUGAAGAGAACGCAUCAAUGGCCGAUCUCCGUGGUGCCGGCGGUCAGCCCGCCGUCACGAACGGUUUCUCUUCCUCGACCUCGCGACCGACAGCCCCACCGGCCCAGACUGGUUCGCCAUCUGGAAUCAAGGGCCCGAGGAUGAUCAUGCGGGAGCGCCAGGCCAGAGAGGAGCGCCAGCGUGCAGAACGUGACCGGUUGGAGCGGCAGCACGCCGAACAAGAGGCGAGAGAAGUGGAAGAACAACAGAGAAGAAUGGCAGAGCGUAGGGCCCCCGCUGCUGGCGCUGGGCCAACUGGUGGUAUGGCUCAGGGAGGUGAUCCUUCCGCUUCCAUACCCACACAAACGCUGGACCCUGCUGGCGGUACGCAACGCAGACAGCAACAACAGCCCUCGGCGCCACAUGCGCAACAACCGGCACUUAGACCGCACCAACCCUCUCAAUCGCAUCGUCAAUCACGCGCGGCCGCCGCCGCACAACAGCAACAGCAAUAUUCCGGUGUGCCAGAUAGCGGUGGAGCUGGUGGGCAGAUGCCAAGCGCACCAGCAGCGCAGCCUGGUGAUACAUCUACAGCGACCAAGACCCAGCCGAGAAACUCAUUCCCACACGCAUUCGAGCGGUGGGAGGCACUGUCAGCUCAUUGGGAGGGGCUGACUUCGUUCUGGAUACGGAAGCUGCAACAACACGCGGACGAAAUCGAUCGAGAUCCUGUGUCAGCACAAUUAUCGCGGCAAGUUAGUGAUCUGUCUGCGGCUGGCGCUAAUCUGUUCCAUGCCGUCGUCGAGCUGCAGCGCCUCCGAGCAAGCUCGGAGCGAAAGUUCCAGCGGUGGUUCUUCGAAACUCGAUCGGAGCUGGAGCGACACGAGGAGACUAAAGCGUCGCUUGAGAGGGCACUGCAAGACGAGCGUCAUUCCAAGGCAGCCGCCAUCCAAGAAGCACUCGAGAAUGAGCGCGCCAACUCCAAGACCCAGAAGCGUGUCAACGAGAUGCAGAAGGAGCUACUCAUAUCAAAAGAAGAGGCACGUCGAGCUUGGGAGGAACUGGGUCGGCGAGAGCAAGAGGAACGUGAUCGCACGUUUUCCUUGCAGCAAGGCUUACCUACUAUUGUUGGAGGCGUGCAGGUGGUGCCAAUGACUCAAGGUGUCAGCCGGGGACCCAGCACCCGAGAUUCGCGUCAGGCGCAACAGCCUGAUCCUCCGUCACAGCAGUACCCUCAGCAGUACUCCCAGGCCAAGCCGCCCCCGCCAGCAGCGCCCAGCUCGGGCGCAGGUGGAGGCUACUACGAACAGCCACACGAUAUUGAAGAGGAGCGGCCAUACACAGCCGAAGGAGGAUCCGAGGCAGGCUAUAGCGAAGGUGAGUACGUCAUCGAUGCGCAAGGCAACUUUGUCCGGGACUCCCAUGGAGACAAAGUCCCCUACCGUGCUCCUGGCACGCCGGGAGACGAUGACUCUGACUCUUGGACAGAAGAAUAUGAGACUCCUUCGGCACAGCAUGGCGUCAGCUACCCUCCCUCGGCCUCUCAAUGGUCUGGGACGUACACCUCGGGCCAGCCUGACUAUACAGGCACUGGCUAUGCUGCCCCUGGCUGGGAGACCAUGCCCCGCCAUCACCACCCCACCCGCCUCAGCGACGUGCUCGAAGAGGAUGAGACGCGUAGCAGGACGAGCGCCAGCCAGAGCCAAGUCAGUCGGGCCUAG